UGCUUCACAUUACGAGCAAAGCAGAAGUUGUAAGGAUGCAUGCCUGAAACAAAUGAGAGCUACCAAAAAACAGAUAUCAGUGUAUCUCAGCCUUUAGGAUGAAGUUAACAUUACUGAUCAUUCUCUUGUGCCUAGAUAGGGCCAGAGCGAGAGGGGAUUCAGAUGAUAUUAGUGAGAAAAAAUGGAUGGCAAUUGAAGACACAGAGGACAUAAUAUCUGGUAGUACAGAUAAAAUGUACAAUGAAUUAAUCAGUGAGAGUAAUGCUACAACAGCAAGUGAGAUUGAUGAUGAUGAAAGCACAACUCUGCCAUAUUCAACUAUUCUUUCAACUGUCUCGUCAACAUCAAAAAAGGAGGAGAUGGAAAUGCUUGAAAAGAUAGUAAAAGCUCUUUCGGAGCCAUCAUUACCAACCAGUGCUGGAUCUACAAAGCUCAGCAAGUCAAAUACUGAUCAAGUGGAACUUAAAGACAACACAAAGAGUGGACAAAAUGACAUUACACGAGUGAUGCCUGCAGAAAGGAAAAUGAUUGUAACUCAACAAAAAGAGAAUCAUUCAUCCAGACCCAACAUGCCGUCCAAGCAGAAACCCAGCUUUGAAACUACUCGGGGAAAGAAUUGGUGCGCAUAUGUUCACACAAGACUGACGCCAACUGUAGCGGUGGACAAUGUGGAAACAUAUGUUUCUGUAAGAGGAAACCCCUGCGCUUGGAAUAACGGAGGCUGUUCAGUGAGGAAUCGUAUAAUCUCGCAGCCAGUUUAUAGAAUGAGACAUAAAAUAGUGACAUCUCUGGAAUGGAAAUGCUGCCCAGGGUAUAGUGGAGAGAAGUGCCAAGUAACAGCUCGACCAGUCCAGAUGCAAGCAGAGAGCAAUCUUGCUGACAAUGCAGUUGAUUCAGGAGACAAGAAAGCUACGUAUGACCCAGCACUGCAUCAAAAGCUGGCUGACCAGAUUUACAACCAAGACAUCAAGUUGAUGCUGUUGCAGAGGAAAGUGGAGAACUACUCUUCAAGCAUGACUGAAGUUCACAAGACACUGAGCUCUCUAGAAGGAAAAAUUAACAAUGAUUAUAAAGAGAAAGAAGUGCAAUCGUUAUUAAAAGAUCUAAAGUCUAAAAGUAUCACAGAGCUAAUUAAGGAUGUUGUUAAAGACCAAUUCAAAACAUACCAAAUGGAAACACAAGAAACAAUAGCGCAACUCUUUAAAAGUAUGUCAGGGAUGUCUGUUGAACUUGAGAGAACAAAGCAAAUUGUAAAAGAGCUUAAUGAGACAAUAAGAACCACCGGCCAUAGUUGCAUCACGGAAGAGGAGAACAAGCCAACUAUGGAGGACAUAUUAGAACUUAAGAAUCGGGUGGAACAUUUAAAAAACACAGCUUUUGUUUGCACUACUUCUUUCAAAGACAUGGAGAAGAAGCACAGUGCUUUAGAAAAGGAGCUGGAACAUGAGAAAUCAAGAAACAUAAUCUACUUUGAUAGUCUCAAUAACACUUUGUCUAAGAUGAAGGAGAUUCAUGGAGAACUUUUGUCUGAUAACAAUGCUAAGGGUCAACUUCCUUCUAUACUUGUUAAUCAUGCCGGUGAUAAUAUCACUGAGUAUCUGCUUUCUUUGCAAGACAGAGUAAAGAAACAGAACAUUAUGAUGCUACAGCUCUAUGAUGAUAUCAACGUGCAAGACAAUAAGAUCAAUAACCUUACCAUAACAUUAGAACAGCAGAAGCAAUCCAUUGAAAGGGCGUGUGAAGACAAGUACACAUCCUGCAAAGACGAUUUCCAGAAAAAGCUUAAAGGAACAGAAGAAAAUGUUCUCGUCCUAAACAAAACUGUGUCUGAUGUUGUCAUUCCUCUGGAUGACAAGAUUGAUAAAAUGAACGAGCAAAUAAAUGACUUAUGCUAUGAUAUGGAAAUAUUACAACCUCUGAUCGAAAAGGGAGCUCCCUUUAGCAUGACAGCCGAAUACGAGCACCAAAGUGAUGUAGGAGAAUUUAAAAGACAGCUUAAAAAUCUUACGGAUGUUAUUAAUUACUUGAGUACCAGGGUCCAAGAACUUACAGAAGAACAAUCAGCACUUAAAAAUGAUGCUAGAAGUCAAGAGCAGGCAUUUGAAAGGCGUAUUAAUGAAUGUCUUACAACAGUAGAAGACGGCCUUAACAAUACCAUGGACAUCCUUAACAAUGCUGUUGAUUCCAUUCACGAUGAUUUUGUGCAGAAAUCAGACAUACCCAACAUAGGACACAUGUUACAGACUCACAAUGCUACAGCAGAAAAAGUAGAGAGCAUACUGCUAAGUCUUCCUCUCCUUCAUCAGAUUAAUGAAACUUUGCAGAGAUUGGUUACUAAAGACGGACAUGAUUUGGACGAGACUGGAAUUGUCUCUAACCCUCCAAAGGAUGAAAUCAACAGCAACGUUUCCACUUCUUUUGCUAAUCUGUCCGAAAAAGUAGAUACAUUAAUAUUCAGAUCAGACCAAUGUCAGGAAAACAUCAUCCAAAUGGAAACAAAGCUACAAUUUUCUGGCAUAGAGAUAAAAAGCUGUCUGUCUCGACUGCAGAAUAUAGAAUCUCAAGUAAAUACUAUUCUAGCAAACCCUACUAGUUCAUCUAAAUCUAAACCAGAUGAAGGACCAGCUAAAGGAGUACAGGAUCUCUACACUAGAAUAAAAGCCCUUGAGUUUAAGACAAUACUGUUAUCGACAAGCAUGCCUCGUUUAAACAAAACAGCGUCUGAGGCCAAGGGCUUAUGUCAAACUGUGUUUAUCACUAUCAGAAAAGUAAAUGAAAGUGUACCAAAACUAAUUAAAGCAACACAACCUAAUAUUACAAGUCUGCAAAAGGGAUUUGAAGAGUUGAUGACGUCCUUAAUUGAAGCAAAAAUGCAAGCAAUCAUGUCAAACCUAUCUAACUAUGUAGAUAACAGCAUGUCUGAUGUUACAAAUAAUAUUGCAAAGCUUCAAAAGCAGAUGAAAGUGUUAAUGAAGAAGCCAGUGCCUCCAAAAAAGACAAAUGCAAAUUCAACUGUGUCUUUAAUUGGUCGGAGCCAAAGGAACUCAGACAUUGCUGACGAAGGCGAUGAACCAUCCAGUUGCAGCAGUUCUCCAUGUUACAAUGGUGGGACUUGCAUUAAUGACAGGAAGACCUUUGUUUGUGCUUGCCGACAUCCUUUUGGGGGAGCCAACUGCAGCCUUAAGAUGUCAGAUGAAAAUGCUCAGUCUCCUGAUUUUACAAAAGGAUCUUACCGCUAUGCACCAAUGGUGGCAUUUUACGUGUCUCACACAUACGGAAUGACAGCUCCAGGGCCCAUCAAGUUCAAUCAUUUAUACGUGAAUUAUGGAUCUUCAUACGCUCCCGGCACUGGAAAAUUUAAUGUACCAUACCUUGGGGUGUAUGUUUUUAAAUACACCAUUGAAUCCUUUAGUCCUCGUGUAUCAGGUUAUUUGGUUGUUGAUGGAGUGGACAAAAUUGCUUUCCAAUCAGAAAAUAUGAAUAGCAACAUGUACAGUGACAGAGUGGUUACUGGUGAUGCUUUAUUGGAGCUCAAUUAUGGUCAAGAAGUCUGGUUGAGAUUGGCAACAGGAUCAAUUCCUGCACAAUACCCCCCUGUCACCACUUUUAGUGGUUACUUAUUAUACCGCACAUAAGAAAGAAUACAGAUAACAUCAUAAUACAAAUAAUUUAUAUUGCAUGUCCAAUAAAAUGCCAGUAGAUAUUCAAAGUGAGCACUAAUGUAAUGCGGAAGAAUAAAUAUGCAGAUAUUGAGAAAAGGAAUCUAAUCCCAUGGUGUCCAUGUAAAGUGGAUUUUCAUAACCUGGUUCUGCCUGUUUCCAAUUCACAUUAAGCCCAUUUACUCUCUUAAAUGGGUUGUGAAGAACAGGGCCACAGUGGUCCUAAGUAUAGAUAUGGCCUCUUGUUCCAAUUCCCUUAAACAGAUUGGAUAUUACAGAAAAGGCCAUGGGGGGGG